UAUGUAGUAUAUGUACCUCAGUAAUCAGUAUAUACUAUACUGAGCUCAUUGUCUGUGUGUAUGUGUCAUGUUGUGACACUGCAACGCGCGCGCGAGCUAGUUUUGCACUCGUCAGUCGUCGUUCGACUUUCGCAGCUAUAUAUACAGUAUACAUCCACCGUUUAUCUCUCUUUUUCGUCGCUCCGCGCCUGCAUUAUAUUAUAGGUAUAUAUGUAUAGGUAUAGCGAUAGGCUCAGCGUCGGCGAGCAGUUCCAGCAGUUCCAGCUAGUGUGCAGUUGUACAAGAGAGGGAGAAGGACGCGCGCGCGCGCCCGCGAAGAAGGUGUCGCGUGUGUUUUUCGCUUGCCAGCACUACAGCCACUACAGGCCCAGCAGCAUCUGAUCUGGAUCCACUGCCUAUAUAGUUGCUCCAUUCUCCAACCAGGUAGACUGCGUGUGCGUGUGUGCGCAGUCUGCAAGCGGGAAUCCGUCCGCUGCCCCCAGCUGACUGAUUCUAUACACUCGCGACUUUUAUCUCGCGACUGAGUAGCUGGCUCUUCCCCCGCAACGUAUCUAUACAUAUAGUAUACACACACCAGGCUGUGAAAAUGAGUGCGAGACCACAGAUGACCACAAUGAACGGAAAGAGGCCAGCAACGAUACCCCCCAGGCAUCUUCAACAGAAUGAAGCCACCUCACAGCAUUUUGAUUUAAUCAAAUACAUAUUUGAAUCCUGGAGUUCAGUAUCAAAAGAGUUGGAUAGCUAUCAUAAUCAGCAGCAUGGAAAUUCAGCAAACUACAGGAAUACUGCUUUGGUAACAUACUAUCAAGAGCAUGAACCCAAUCCACAGCUCAAAGACUUUGAACCAUUUGAUCUGGAAGCAUACUGGAAUCAACGAGGAGCACAGAGUAUUGCAAGGAAUGCGAGUUCAUAGUCUUGGAUUGCAAUUGUGAAAUACAAUCUUAUAUUCUUAAAUAGUUCCAAGAUUCAGAAAGAAGGAGAAAAAAUAAAUUAUUUCAACUAUCUGACAAACACCAUUAAACUUUUGUUAAUCAAUUUUUAUAGUUUGUCAAGAAUUAAAUUCAACGUUAAAGUCGUGUCAAAUUGCAAUGUGAAAUAGAAAACCAGAUGUCAAGAUGGGAAAGCAAUGCUGAGACAUUCCAUUUACAAGUUGAUAAAGCAUUUAUACAACGAUUCCUCUUUUCACAGAGUUUGGCAAUUGGUUCAAUUGACAGUACCUGUCCUAUUCUUUCUCGAGUUCAUUUUGCGAAUUUUCGUACAAGAGAUAUUGACUUAUUUAUUUUACAACGCCCGAGUUGUAGAGAAUCGUAAUUUUUUACUAAGAGAUAAGGCAAAUGUAAAAUUUAUAUAAUAUAUUAUAAAUAACGACUGUAGUAAAAUUAA